AUUUACGUUUGGUAUUUUGUUACAGUUGCUCCUAGCAGAACAAGUCCGGCUCCUAGCAGAACAAGUCCGGCUCCUAGCAAAACAAGUCCGACUCCUAGCAGUACAAGUCCGACUCCUAACAGAACAAGUUCGACUCCUAACAGAAAAUUUCUGGCUGCUAGCAGAACAAGUCCGACUCCUAACAGAACAAGUCCGACUCCUAGCAAUACAAGUCCGGCUCCUAGCAGAACAAGUCCGGCUCCUAACAGAACAAGUCUGGCUAAUUACAGAACAAGUCCGGCUCCUAGCAGUACAAGUCCUACUCCUAACAGAACAAGUCCGGCUCCUAGCAAUGCAAGUCCGACUUCUAACAGAACAAGUCAGGCUUCUAGCAGAACAAGUUCGACUCCUAACAGAAAAUAUCCGGCUGCUAGCAAAACAAGUCCGACUCCUAACAGAACAAGUCCGACUCCUACCAAAACAAGCCCGGCUCCUAGCAAAACAAGUCCGGCUCCUAGCAAAACAAGUACGACUCCUAGCAGAACAAGUCCGACUCCUUACAGAACAAGUCUGGCUCCUAGCAGUACAAGUCCUACUCCUAACAGAACAAGUCCGGCUCCUUGCAAAACAAGUCCGACUCCUAGCAGAACAAGUCUGGCUCCAAGCAGAACAAGUCCGGCUCCUAACAGAACAAGUCUGGCUCCUAGCAAAACAAGUUCGACUCCUAACAGAACAAGUCCGACUCCUAGCAGAACAAGUCCGACUCCUAACAGAACAAGUCUGGCUCCUAGCAAAACAAGUUCGACUCCUAACAGUAAAAUUCCGGCUCCUAACAGAACAAGUCUGGCUCGUUACAGUUUAAGUUUGGCUUCUAGCAGUACAAGUGCAGUUUCUAGCAAUACAUGUCCGGCUUAUAGCAGAACAAGUCCGGACAAUAAGCACUGUUGUGUGUAUUGGGGGAAACUAUAGAAGUAUGGAGUUUCGGUGAAUACCUAUAGUGAGCGAAAAAAAAAUCAAAGAAUGCAAAUAGUUGAAAAUAACAACAGCCUAACAGCUUACUUAUAUAAAUGACACAUUUGUUUGUGACUUACAGUAAAAAUAUCAUCCCGAGGAAAACUGUUACCCGAGGCGUUAAUCCCGAGGGUAACAGUAUUUUACUAGGGAUGAUAUUUUUGCUGUAACUCACAAAACUAUGUAUUAUUUAUUUUAUUGCCCCGAACAAAAUUAAUGCUUCAUUGGAACACUCUUUCUAUAGGUAUAUCAAUAUACCUCUCAAUGAAAAAUGAAAUAAAAAGUAUUUUACUAUUGAAUUUCAAUUCAAGGGGUGAUAAUGCAUCGAUUGCAACCAACUUGCUACAGGAGUG